AGCCCCACCCCCUGCUGUUUUUUUCUAGGUGAUCGUGCUACUAAAAUGGAAGCUGUUUUGUGAUGUGUCCCAGACAGUGCAAGGCACAACUGGCAAGUGGCUUUAGUUUGGAGCUAUGGAGGGGCCCGUUGGUUAUAAGGUUUAGAUGAAAAGACUGCGCCCUACGUUUUUGCCGAAUCAGUGAGGCCGUUGCAGAGGACCCUGGGCACCAUGGCUGGGCUCAUAAAGAAGCAAAUACUGAAACAUCUCUCCAGAUUCACCAAGAACCUCUCUCCUGACAAGAUCAAUCUGAGUACUCUGAAAGGAGAAGGCCAGCUGACCAACUUGGAACUGGAUGAGGAGGUGCUCCAGAACAUGCUGGAUUUGCCAACAUGGCUAGCAAUCAACAAAGUCUUCUGCAAUAAGGCUGCCAUUCGGAUCCCUUGGACAAAGCUGAAAACCCAUCCUAUUAGCCUGUCCCUGGACAAAGUCAUAAUGGAGAUGAGCACCUGUGAGGAGCCACGGAGCUGCAAUGGACCUUCCCCUCUUGUAACAGCGUCAGGACAAAGCGAGUACGGCUUUGCUGAGAAAGUAGUAGAAGGAAUCUCCCUUUCUGUAAAUUCAAUUAUAAUCCGUAUCCGAGCAAAGGCGUUCAACGCUUCCUUCGAGCUCUCCCAGCUACGAAUAUACAGUGUGAAUCCCAACUGGCAGCAUGGAGACUUGCGAUUCACUCGGAUACAGGAUCCCCAGCGCGGCGAGGUUUUGACAUUUAAAGAGAUAAAUUGGCAGAUGAUUAGGAUUGAAGCAGAUGCCAUUCAGAACUGUGACCAUGAAAUCAUGAGCGCCCCUGUACGAUUAAUCACUAAUCAGUCCAAAAUUCGAGUCACACUGAAAAGAAGGCUGAAGGACUGCAACGUUUUGGCAUCCAAACUGAUAUUAAUGCUGGAUGACCUACUGUGGGUGCUGACCGACUCGCAGCUCAAGGCCAUUUUUCAGUAUGCAAAAUCACUAAGUGAAGCCAUUGAGAAGUCCACGGAGCAGAGGAAGAGCAUGGCAUCCGAGACGACGCAGAGCCCCCCGCCACCCGUCAGUUCCCAGCACAUAAAAACUCCCCAAACUUCCAUGACCCCAGAGCACAACCACGCCAUCCUAAAGCUUUUCAGGGACUUUGAUGUUAAAGAGACCUCAUAUCAUCUGGUUAUCUCUCACUUGGAUCUUCACAUCUGUGAUGAUAUUCACUCCAAAGAAAGAGCUUUUGCAAGGCGGAUAACUGGAGGCGCCAUGCAGUUGUCUUUCAGCCAGCUGACAGUCGACUACUAUCCAUACCAUAGAGAUGGAGAUGGCUGCAGUCACUGGAUGCACUAUGGUGAUGCAACAAAAACAAGAUGUUCUUGGGCACAGGAAUUGUUGCAUGAAUUCAACUGCAACAUUGAAAUGCUUAGGCAAGCCGUCAAGGAUUAUAACCCCAGCUCCCCAAUCAAAACUGUGCCAAAUGCGUCCCAGCAGUAUGGGCAAACAGAUUUUGAUCAGAAUGUAAAGAAAUCUUCACCAACGUCGUUUAAAGAGCAGCCCAAAUCCAACCCGAUGUCCAGUUCUUUUGUUGUCAGACUUGCUGAUUUUUAUAUUUAUCAGGUCUCGACAGCGGAUCAGUGUCGUUCGUCCCCUAAAACAAUGAUUUCUUGCAAUAAGAAGAGCCUGUAUCUCCCACAGGAAAUGUCUGCAAUUCAUAUUGAAUUCACUGAAUAUUAUUUCCCUGAUGGGAAGAACUUCCCAAUUCCAAACCCCAACCUCUAUGUACAGCUGAAUGCCCUGCAGUUUACCCUUGAUGAGAGGAGUAUCCUAUGGCUCAGCCAGUUUGUAUUGGACCUUAGGCAAAGCCUCAACCAAUUUAUGGCCAUGUAUAUGCUGAACGACAACUCCAAGUCAGAUGAGCAUGUUGACAUCAGGAUCGACGGACUGAUGCUGAAGCUUAUUAUACCCUCCCAGAAGAAGCAAGACUGCCACCCUGAUCAGCCAGUGGCCAUCAGUAUUCAGACAUCAGAAAUGAUUGCCAGCAACACAAGACAGUCUGCGAACUGCCGCCGGUCGGACCUGGAAGCCAUCUUUCAGGACUUUAAAGACUACGAUUUCUACUCUGAAACCUUCACCUCUUUCCCCCGUUCCCAUGAAAGCUUCCACAUCCUGCACCCUAUUUUUCAGAGACACGCCUUCGAACAAGACACUAAAAUGCAUGACAUUUAUAAGGGAAUGGUGGCCCCAAAGCUAGACUCCAAGGCCCUAAGUACCUCCGCUGCUAUGGACAUCUGGGCCAUACAUUUUACACAGUUCUGGGUUGACUAUGAAGGUAUUAAAAAUGGGAAAGGGCGACCGGUAGGCUUUAUCGACUCCUUUCCCUUUUCUAUAUGGAUCUGCCAACCACGACGUUUCCUUCAGUCUCAGAAACGGACUCUUUCCGAUGGCGAUCUUUGUCAAAGCAUUUCCAAAAGCGAAUCAACAGACUCUGUGGGUCGCCUGCAGAGGAAAAAGCUGUUAAAACAAUACUACAGCACUGAUCUGGGAGGCUCCAAUACUCCUCUCCAGAAGUCCCAGUCCCUUGACAGCAGUUUGGCCAACCCUCCUACCUGCAAACAGACUGACGCAGACAUCCAUGUUCUUGUCCACAUUCAGAAACACGUUAGCUUACAAAUCAACCACUACCAGUAUAUUUUCUUGCUCUUGCUCCAAGAAUCCAUCAAGCAGAUCUUUGAGAACGUCCAAAAGGAUGUGGAGGAAGUGACUGGCAAGCUGGCCGAUGAAACGAAGAUCUCUGUAGGCUUGCUGCUCAAGAGUGCCGAUGUUUCUUUAUUGCUGCUUCCAUUGCCAGAAGAUAAUGCCAAGUCCCCACUUCCAUGCAAAGGUAGUCCUGUUACUGACCAUAAACUGUCUUUGCCUUCAGAGGGCGUCGCAGGUGACCUCGUAAUCAACAAUAAUGUUGACUUGAUGAACAAGGCCAUCUUAGAAAGCGAUCUUCUGAAAAGGGACCCUCAAAAGAUUAUAGCAUCUGACCAUUUACUGUCUAAAUCUUCCAUUGAUACUGAGCUUUUAAAAAGGGCUCCCUACUUUGACUCGACAACAGAUGCAGACUUGAUGAAAGCUGAACUUGCCUUUGGCCAGGAGGGUGAUAGAAAUAAUCCUAAAGAGGAUCCUGGUGCUAAUAUGGACAGGAGCUCUUCCUUUCUUAUCCGCUCACUUGAAGAAAAUCACAUUAACAGCAAUGGUACCGAUAGUGAGUUUACAGAGGAUCAGUUUGCUCUUAUACAAGAGGUAGAAAAGAAACAGCCCCUUCUGGUAGACAUAAGCGGAAUCCCCAAGGAGCGCUGCCAGCCCAGUCUCUCUGUUUCUUACAAGAACAUGAAGAGAAGUCCUUCCCAGUUCUCCCUGGAUAACAUUUCCAUUGACAGCAACCUGUUGGAUGAACAAAUGAUAGAGAGCGAUGGAAGUGACCACCUGGAAGUGGGAAUGGAGGACUUUUCGUCCUUGAAUUACCCAUGUACAGCAGAGACUGCCAGCGUGGAGCUGAGAAAUGAAGAAUAUUGUGGGUCUUCUCCAGACGCAAUCAGCGCAGAGACUUCACAAGAGAUGAUGUCUGUAUUGGUCUUGAAAAUAGUUGGAAUCAACUGUGGAAUUGACAUUAAAGGGGAUGAUGCCACCGUUUGCCUACAGAUUAACCGGGUGGUACCGAACCAGCUAGGCAAUGUCAGCGUUUGGCAGUACCUCAACAGCCGAAACACAGGCUCAGAUCAGGAAUCCAUCACUAAUCAAAGAAAGUCCUCCCCAGAAAUCAGCCUAAGGCUGGAGACUGGCCCAAGUGCUAAAAGGCACUCCCCACUUGCCGCUGAAAAUGGUUUUCUACAAUGUAAUGUAUCAGACUUUAAUUCAGAGUUCCUCACCUCCACUCUGGCCAAUAUCCACCACUUUGUAGAAGAAGAUUUUGCCCCAGAAAUUAUGCCAAUGAGGAUCCAGGUCCAAAAUGGCAAAAUACAUCUACAGGAUGAUAGCCCACGUAAUAACAACACUGAUCCGGACCCCGAACCUGUGGUUCUGAAUAUCGAGAAUGUUUUGUUAGAGAGACGUGAUGACGGAUCAUUUUGGAUCAGAGGUUUGCCAGACACAAGGCCAACCAACAUUUGCAAUCACAAAGAGCCCAGCAGCAUCCUUCAGCUCGAUAACAGCACAAACCGCAAAAGUAACACUUGCAAAUUCACUCAGACAAUCUCAGAGCACACCAGCCUUCCCGAGAUCCCUGACAUUAUCGGCAACCAGGCCUGGAAAGCAACCAGCAUCAGCAAAGAACAGCAGCCAUUGAUGCAGAGGUCUUCUUUGCAGCGUGAGAUGGUGCAUUGUCAUGCAUGAAGAUGAUUUUAUUACGGAAAGCAUAGUUCUUCCUUCUGUACCAGGGAAGAAAGCGGUCAGUCAGAAACUCCACAUACUUUGCAGAGGUCAUCUUUACACCUUCGGGGACCCUAAACGUGCCGACCAGCUCUCUUCCCAUGAUUCCGGCCAAAAACAUGACUCCACCACCUCCUUGCUGACAUCCCAGCCUUGUUGGAAGACGGUGGCCUUCCAUCAACCAUCCACUACUCCAUCCAUCUGGACCAUCCAGGGUUGCAUGGCACUCAUCAGUGAACAGGACUGUUUGAAAAUUAGUCUCCAUGUAUUUCUCUGCCCAAUGCAGUCGUUUCUGCUUGUGAGCAUUGAUUAGUGGUGGCUGAAUAGAAGGUUUAUGCACAGUUGCAAGACUCUGGAGGACUCUACACCUUGAUGUCCAUGGGACUCCAGAGGCACCAGCAGCUUCAAAUAUCUGUUUGUUGCUAUGUAAUGGCAUUUUAGCAGCUGCUCUCUUGAUCCGAUGCAUGGGUCUGGCAGAAAUCUUCCUCAAUGUGCCUUUAUCUGCACAAACACGUCUGUGCUCUGAAUCAGUCACAAAUCUCUUAAUAGUGCGAUGACCACGAUUAAGUUUUCGUGAAAUAUCUGUUUUAAUUGAAAACCAAAAAAAUCUAAUCUUUGUG